AAAUAUUCACAAUUCCAACAAAUAUUGAGUGUGUAAAAGUAUAGCAAAGAGAUUAAACAGAAAAUUUCAAGACAUGGGUUCUCUAUUGUCUGGAUGGGAUUCUCCAAUUCAAGAUCCAAAAUUUGCAUCAUUGAUGAGAAAUAAGUCACUUACCAAAGAGAGGAUUGAAGAAUACUGGAAACACAAGAAAAACACAGAAAAAGAACAUCUUAAAGCUAUAUCUGAGGUUGAGGAGAGCUUAAGUGAAGAUAUAGCUCCAAAUGAGCUUAUAAGAUCGAAUUCCUUGCCAAUGAUUGGUAGAAAGAACGGUAAAAGCAUAUUAACCAAGGAAUCUGAAAUGGAACUUAAACAUCUUGGAAAUUGCUGGUGGACUAGAAGCAAUUGGGCAUUCCUAAAUGAACCACCAGUAAUAGAAGGAGAAGUGCCUAAGUACAAGUAUGCCUCACAGUAUCACAUUGCUAACUUGGCCUCACCCAAACUGGAUACAAGAAUUAGUAGCAUUUGAUUCUAGAGGUCAUUCAGUGUCGUUCUUUAUGUAAUAUACAUCCUCGGUUCUUUAGAUGCAAUAUUUGCCUUUUUGGUGAGUAAAAAAAUAAACAAAUGUUACAUCUUUAAAGAACAGAGGUGGUUAUAGUCCUUUGUUUGUGUCAUAAUUCAUAAUUCAAGUUGUUUUAAGUGUUGACGAGAUCGUAACCUUGUUUAAGGCAGAACUGAAAUUGUUCGUGAACUUAGUAUCUGUAUGAUAUAUGUAUAUUGUGUAA